UCGCCGCUGCCCGCGCCAGGCAUGGCCCCCAGCACCGUGGCCGUGGAGCUGCUCAGCCCCAAAGAGAAGAACCGACUGCGGAAGCCCGUGGUGGAGAAGAUGCGCCGCGACCGCAUCAACAGCAGUAUUGAGCAGCUGAAGCUGCUGCUGGAGCAGGAAUUCGCGCGCCACCAGCCCAACUCCAAGCUGGAGAAGGCCGACAUCCUGGAGAUGGCCGUCAGCUACCUGAAACACAGCAAAGCCUUCGCCGCCGCCGCCGGCCCCAAGAGCCUGCACCAGGACUACAGCGAGGGCUACUCGUGGUGCCUGCAGGAGGCCGUGCAGUUCCUGACGCUGCACGCGGCCAGCGACACGCAGAUGAAGCUGCUCUACCACUUCCAGCGACCCCCGGCCGCGCCCGCCACGCCCGCCAAGGAGCCCAAGGCGCCCGGCACCGCGCCCGCGCCCACCCCGGCCAAGGCCGCCGCCGCCGCCGCCGCCGCGCGCCAGCCCGCCUGCGGCCUCUGGCGGCCGUGGUGA